CUCAGGCACCGAUCAGAGAGGAAGCGUAGGGAUCUCUGUAGCCAGGUGUGAUAAGGCAGCAGCAUAGGACAGGGGCAGAACUAGACACUGGCAAUAAAGGGACUAAGUGACAAGACCGGAGAGACCAGGAAGGGGAUUUGAUAUCUGAGAAUAAACAAUACAGAGGAACCUCUGAUCUCAAGAGUGACACAGCAGGAACAAGACACCGAGGGGGACUGAGCAAAAGUGACAUAAGGCAAAGGAAGACAAGGGAAUAUCCAGAAAACAGGAGUUAUACCAGGGAACGCAGGAGAGAGAUAGGGGGAGCACAAGCAGGAAGAUUCUGCACAAACAAAACUCUAAUAAAAGGAGAGGGCUGUGUCAGAGCCACAGUGCAUAGAACUCUGCUUCUUGUUCCAUUUGCUGCCCUGUACGGAAUAUCAGAACCAUGCAGGGAAACCGAGGAUUUAUGGAUCUGAUUCUGCACAUAACAAAGGUCUUCAUGUGGUGUUUUUUAAUGAACCUUUUUUUGGCUACGGGUACUGAACAAACGGAUGAAAAAUGUAAGGGCAUUACUUUGAAAAGAAAUAUUGAUCACCUACAGGAUUUGAUUGACAGCGCACCUAUACUUGAUUGUCACAUGCAAGUUAAAUGGAUAGCGAAAGGCAGCGUGUCAAAUUAUUCCUACCUAAUUGGUAAUUUGUAUUAUCUUCCCGGAAUCAUUGAUACGUUUAUGAAUUUCGCAAAAAAUACCAGAAAUUUUAACCAUAAGGAGGAUUUGAAGAAACUGUUAAUAAACGGGAUUGAUAACUGCACACUAAUGAAUGAGGAUGAGAGUGAUUACUUAACGAAAGAGGAUCUAAAGCUCUGUCGCCCCGAACAAUCUUUGACUUAUAUAGAAAUAUUGCAGAUGAUAAAGGAUCUCUUAAUACAAACACAAGAAUUUCUUAAAAACCCAAUUAAACAAAAACUAGAUGAAAUGGAAUGUAAUGAAGAAGAAACAUCCUCAGGUUCCUCUCAGUGUGACUGUCCUUCCCCAAUCCCCCCCAUCCAUCACACCACUCCUCAGCUAAAGCCGCCAGAAACCCCUAACAGCUCAGAACAACCAGGCUCUCAUCCCAACACUGCUCACUCUACUAUGGACACAAGCGUGAGUGUUCCUGCUAACGCACAACAUAGGUUAACAAGGCCUCAGCAGACACUGCAAAGUCCAGACGUGUUACCUAUCACCUUUACAGAGAUGUCAACUGAAUCAUAUACCAGGCUAAAUCUUCUACAGUCAUGUAUGAAUUUAUUGGCCAACACAGCUUCUCCAUACGAUUCUAAGGGGGUUCCACAACCUGACAUGGAUGUUGAAAAAGUUGGCUCGGAAACUCUGCUUGGUAUUGCUACACUUUUGCGUGGUACUGUUGAGCCAGCACUAGCAAAAACAGAAGAUCAACAGGCAACUACAAACCAGUUACUUUCUAAUACAAAAGUAGUAGAUACUGAUAUUUUAAUCACAAAAACAGUGACUCUUUCAAAUGAAAACUCGGCAUAUACUAAUAAAGUAACAAAUAAAGAGACAUUACUCAAUACAACAGAGUCUCCACUUAUUAGCACUGAUUACACAGCUGAAAAAACUUUUGAGGAAACAUCUGAAGUAACAGGAAGUUAUGUUUCUCAUACUGGAGCUGAGAACACUUGGGAGACGGAGACAAAGAUGUCUGACCUUGGAUGGGCAUCUUCUUACUACACUGUCACAAAGAUACGCAGAUCUUUACCAACUUCAAAUGAAAUAUCACAAAUUCAGAUGACUGCUACCCACCCUCCUACUAGCAGUGAUUUGGGGACAUCCUCUGCUGGUUCACCUGAUAUCAACACAAGAUCAAAUAGUGAGUUUUGGGUCAGUUCUGUGUCUUCUAGAUCUGUGCCUUGGGGGGAGAGGAAAAAGGACAGUGACCUUGGAUCUGCAGCCUCUACAUUUUCAGUUACCAAACAUACUCAGACUUCUUUAGAUGCUUAUCUUCUGUCUCCUACUGACUCUGUAUCCCAAACCUCAAUUUCAAAAGUCUCUCUUUACCAAGACAGUUUGGUACAUGACAGGUCUCCUAUGCAUAGACAGGGAGAGAUAGCAGCCGUCAUAUCAAAGGACAGGGAGUAUGGUGCCUGGGGUCCAAAUUAUGACUCUAACCAGUUCCCUAUCAUUGACACAGAGAAACAAAAUCCAGGAAAAUAUGGGGACAGACAGAAUACCAGCAAUUUGUACAUCGUCAUCCCUUUCACCGUAAUCUUCCUACUGUGUUUGUGCGGUUUUCUCUACUACUUUCACAACUAUAGGAAACUAAAAAGGCAGCAACGGAUGAAUAGGCGGGCCUCAGAGUUGAUAGAGGAAAGGCCCCUGCAAGAGUUGGAGCUCGAAGAAGUUUAGUUGAGCUGAUGACUCAGAGUUCUGAACUGGAGUAGGAAGCCAGAGUUGUUGAAAUAACACUGUGUGUGUGUUGACAAUUGCAUACGGUCACUUUAUUGUUGCUUCUUGUACGUUACUGUAACUGCAAAAAUGGAUGCACUAAACCUGGCAAAGCUUGCAUUACAUACAGCCAGAAGAGUCUUGCUUGCUUUACCAGUAGGAAAUAUACCUGGAAAACUAUAUUCCCCAGCCUUGGAUCUCCGUCCAUACAGUUACAGAUCACGUGCGAGAAAAAUAAACCUCUGCCAAGAACACGUUGCUUCUGAAGAAUGGAUUUUUGGAGACUGUGGUGAACAUGGAUUUCAAGGAAAUCUUAGAAUAAUGUCUCAGAUUAAUACACUUGAAGGUUGUUGUGGAAUUGUAUAUAUUUUAGACAAAAAAAAACUUUUUUAUAUAAAUAUAUAUAUUUUUUUGUAUGUUUUUUUUUGCACUUCGGGUAUGCAUAAGGCAAUAAAAAAGGUACAAGCUGUACGCCAAUUUUAGAUUGGGUGGCCAAGUUGAUACAAGACUGAUGAGGAAACAAAAAAUAGAGAUAUCUUUUGGGCCUUAAAAUAACUCACAGGGAGCCAGUAAGAUGACAUGAAAAUGUUCCGAGGAAUAAAUAAACUUUUUGCCAGAUUCAGUAUUGUUUAUUGGACAUUUUGGGCUCUCUGCAUAGGACUUUUCAUUUCAUGUGGUGUCAAACAACCGUGCGAUAUUUUUUGUAUUUUACUUCAUAGAUUCUCUAAUAAGGAAAUGGAGUGCGCAAAUUAUUCUGUGGAUUUCACUUUUUGUUCCCUCCAGUAAUGUUAACCGUCCAGCUUUCUAUGAACUGUUUAUUUUUUCUCUCACAAAUUUGAUGUAUGGUAACUCUGUGCCUUUUGCUUGGAUUACUAACUUAUCUGUGAAUGUGGUCUUUUUUUUUUUUUUUUUUUUUUUUUUUUUUUGAGAUUCUUAGUUUUGGUAUUUGUAUAGGAUUAAAAUUAUUAGUGCUUUUGUUUCUUAAAGGGACAGUCUCCACCAAAAUUGUUAUUGUUUAAUAAGGUAGAUAACGCCUUUAUUACCCAUUCCCCAGCUUUGCACAACCAACAUUAUUAUAUUAAUAUACUUUAUAACAAUUAAACCUCUAAAUUUUUGCCUGUUUCUAAGCCACUACAGACUGCCUAUUAUAAUAUUGUCUUUUCACAAACAAGAGACUGCUAAUUUUUGUGUAGCAUAUAGAUAACAUUGUGCUCUCUCCUGUGGAGUUGUGCAUGAUACAGCCCUAAUUGGCUAAAAUACAAGUCAAUAGAUAAUAAUUAGUCAUGCAAAACUGGGGAAUGGGUAUUAAAGGGAUUAUCUAUAUUCUUAAAGAAUAAUUUUUUUGGAGUAUACUGUCCCUUUAAGGUAUGUUUAUAGAAUGCUAUGGGCUCUUUUUAACAAGUUCUGUAUGGAGCUUAAUGGCCCCUGUUUCUGGCAAAUCUUCAGACUCGCCAGAAACAGCAGUUAUGAAGCAGCGGUCACAAAGACCGCUGCUCCAUAACACUGUCAGCCAGCUCUGAGCAGGCGGACAGACCGCCGGAAAUCAACCCGAUCGAGUACGAUCGGGUUGAUUGACACCCCCUGCUGGCGGCCCGUUGGCCGCGAGUCUGCAGGGGGCGGCGUUGCACCAGCAGCUCUUGUGAGCUGCUGGUGCAAUGCUGAAUACGGCGACAGACAUUGAUAAAUAUGGGCCUUUGUGUCUCAAAACUUCUUGCCUUGUUUCUGUGCUGGACGCAGAAAACCGAAAAGUUUUUUUUUUUAAUUUGUUUUAGAAUAUUUUUUUUUUAAAUGUAUUUUUAUACUUUAACAUCAUAACUGUGCAUUGUUUAUUUUUAAAUAAUUAUUUAAAAAAGAUGGAAAAAUUGUGUAUAUUUAAAAAAUGUUUUUUUAUAUAUAUGUGUAUUUGUACAGUGUCUGCAUUAUUUAUAUUAAUAAAAAAAGAAUAUUAGAAAGAAUACACAA